AGAUCACUUCCCCAGUCAAAGCGGCAAUAGUUUCCUCCAUGAGUUAUUUGUGGAACCGAUUGGCGUGGCAACACUGGUGGUGGAAGUUCGAAACAUCAAACAUCAUCCAUUAUCCAUUACAUUUUGACAACAUUGAAGUGACAAAAAUUAGUGGACAAAUGAACUGUUUAUUCAUAAAAUAACAGAGAAUUAACAACCUAGGGAGUAUAUUAUCAAGAAAUUAACAGUAAGUUUCAUGGAUUCUAACAAUACUAAAUAAUUUUAAAUUAAAAAGAAUUGUGAAUGGAUCAUUGAAACGAGUUUUCUCCAUUUACGAUCUGAAUCUUGGCAGAUUACCAAAGUAGUUUUUAUUAUCACAGAAGUUAUUAAAAGUUCGAGACGAUGAAUAUGUACUUCCCUUUGUUUUGUGUAAUCCUGUUAUCGUUUUUGUAGUUUCAAAAUUCCAGUGAUAAAUUAAGGAAAAAAAGAAAAACCAUAACUGUAAAUCUAACCUUGCCCUUGUCAUCUUAAUAAAAGGACCAAUGCAGUCAUGGAUGGAGUUACAGAUGUAGUGAUGUCCUCAGAUGAAAUCACAUUUGAAAUUGGUUCCAAUGAAGACCCAGUACAAAUCAAGGAAUUGGUCACAAAAAUAGUGGCAACAUGGCAAGCCAAACUCGAUAAAAAACUUCUCAGUCAUGUUGAUUUUGAAGAAUUUUGGAGAGUUUAUGUGCCACAGAUCUACAACCCUUCUAUGAAAGAAAGCUGCCUGAACUGGAAUUUCAAUGAAGAUUUGGCACAAGAAGUACUGUUAAGCACUUUGGAUAAGUUCAUCUGCAAUGGAGAUCCAAAUACUGUAUUUAAACAGUUGAGCAAUUUUGAAAAAACACCAUCGGUAUGUGGUCGGGUUUUCAAACUAGGCGAACCAACUUACUCCUGUAGACAAUGUGGAAUGGACCCGACUUGUGUUCUUUGUGUAGAAUGUUUCAAACAUUCAGAACAUCGGCAUCACAAAUACAAAAUGGGUACAUCUCGUGGAGGCGGUUGCUGCGAUUGUGGAGACCCUGAAGCCUGGAAGCAAGCACCAUUUUGCACGAUACAUAUUGCCGGAAUUUCGGAAGAAGAACAAAACAAAUCUUUGCCUGAAGAUAUGAAAGAACGUGCCCGAAUAGUAUUUAAAGCAGUUUUGUGGUAUUCCUACCGCUUAUUAAAUUCUGAACAAAUUUCAGAUAUAAGAUUAGGUGUCACUUCAGAAAACUUCUUUGAUAUUGAUACUUAUUGUACAAUACUUUACAAUGAUGAGAUUCAUACAUUUGAACAAGUAAUAAGUACCUUAACCAAAGUACUGAAGUGUAAUCAACGAAGUUCUACAGAAUUCGUGACUAAUAUAGAUCGUGAAGGAAGGGCUGUAGUGAAGUGUUCCACCUUUCAACAUUGCUCAGAUCUAAAACAAGACAUUGAAAAAUACACAUCGCGACAUGGCAAUAAACCUCUUAAAGUUUUAGUAAAUCAUGCUUAUGUCAUUGCACAUCAAAUUUUCGCCACCAAAGUUUUAUCAUGGCUGGAGAAAUUUUUGGGACAAGGAGAAGGAUUUAGAGCUAUAUUUGCUGAAGUAGCGCUUAAACCACAAGCGAUGGAGCCAUGUAUUAUAAAAGGAAUAUUACAGAGAGAUUUGAGUUUAUGGAAGAGUGCCAGAACUCAGUGGCACAGGUUGUUAAUAUCCGGAAUGCUGUUAGAGUACGAAAAUAAGAAAGCUUUGGCAAAAAUUUUCACCAAAAACUAUGGACAAAUAAUGAAAGAUUUUAUCAAAGAUGAUAAUGAUCAUACUUACUCAGUGUCUUCUCUUUCUGUUCAGUUAUUUACAGUACCAACUUUGGCUCAUUAUCUUAUAGCAAACGAUGACGUUCUUUACAUUUUGCUAAACACACUUAUAUCCGAGUGUAAUAGAAAAUGCAAUAAGGCUGGAAAAUUGGAAUUUGAAAGAAAUCCCUCUUGUCAGACGUUCAAGCGGGCACUCUACAUGUUGUAUGAUUUAAGGUAUUUGUUGAGUUCAAUACCAGAAUCGUGGACGGAUGAUUUAAGAAGAAGCUUUUUACAUGGAUUAUCAAUGAUGUUAUCACUUCUAACUAUGAUGCAAGGUAUGGACGCAGUUACUCGUCAAGUAGGCCAACACAUGGAAUACGAACCUGAAUGGGAAUCGGGCUUCAAUUUACACAUCAAAUUAGCUUACUGUAUAUCUCUGGCCGUCGAAUGGUGCGGAACAGACAAAAUUGUUCUAGUGAAAGCAUAUAGAUCGAUAUUGAAAAAGUUAGAAGAAAAUCCUUGUUACGAACCCAGUGAAGCUGGAAAAGUCCGAGAGUUGGCUGAUCACAGCACCGCUUGUCUUCAUUAUGACGUAGCAUCGAAACCAGUGUCAAUACAUUUGCCCUUAACACGAUUUUUGGCGGCAUUGCACCUACAUUUAGAGAAAUUCAAUUUGCACUUUGAUGGUUUGGAAUUCCAAGUGCCCAAACCUACACCUGUACAAAUUGUGGAACCAGUUUUAAGAGGACAAGUUAUGAUUGCGCAAGUUCACGCCGGUAUGUGGCGCAGAAACGGUUAUGCGCUUCUCAACACCUUAUUCUUCUAUCACAAUGUUAAAUGUAGAACGGAAAUGCUGGACAGAGAUAUAACGCUUCUUCAAAUUGCCGCCUCAUUGAUAGAAAGUAACGAAUUCCUUAUUCACGUUUUAAAUAAAUUCAAUUUGAUCUUUUGGGCGAUGCCCGACUACGAGAUUAGCAGUUUGAAAGCACCCGAAGAAGAGAGUAUCAGACAGACCAUUAACUUGGUAGAAGAAAUGUUACAUUUGCUGAUUUUUAUUGUUGGAGAAAGACACAUGCCUGGUGUCAGUAACAUUACUGUCGAAGAUAGAAUCAGAAAAGAAGUCAUCCAAUAUUUAUGUAUAAAACCUUUACCUCACUCAGAAUUGGUGAAGGCUAUUCCAGAUGAUCUGACCUCGAGAGAGAUAGCUGUAGACGAGGUAAUCCAAGAACUGGCCAAUUUCAAAAAACCAACACACGGAUCCGGUAAAGGCGUUUAUGAGCUCAAAGAGGAAUACUAUGACGAAUUCAACGUGUUUUUCUAUCAUUAUACAAGAGAGGAACUGUCGAAGUCUGAAGAAGCUCAACGAUUUAGGAGGAAGACAAAAGGAGAACUCGAAUGUUGUCCUCCACCAAAAUUGCCGAAAUUAAAUGAGAGUUUUAGUUUAAUCGUCAAUCUUCUACAGUGUGAUGUAAUGUUGCAUAUUAUACACAUAGUUCUAGAAAGAUGCAUUAACCUUCGAGCAAGAAGCUUCUCUGAACAACAAUUGCACAAAGUUCUACAUUUAAUAGGCUACGGAUUACUUGAGGAAGAGUCCAAAAAUUAUCCGUUCUUUAAAUUUAUCGAAAAUUCCUCAAAAUUUAGAAUAUUUCCGCUUAUCGAGGAAUUACUAAACAGUCCCAGAGUCGAUUCACACAAAGGUCUCUUGCGCUGGACACUCAACAAAUACAAACAGUUGACUGACAAAAAGGACGACCAACUGGAAAAUAAAGAUGUGACUACAUCGAAAAACGUUGAUGACGAAAAGGAGCGAAGAUCAAAACUAGCAGCCGAACGACGAGCAAAACUUAUGGCGCAGAUGACAGCAAUGCAGAAUAAUUUCAUCAAAGAAAAUGCUAGCUUAUUCGAAGAAACCAGCACGACUGAUUUGCGAAAAUCCAGGACUUCUAGUCAGGUAGAAGUAAUGGAUAUGACAGAAUCUGAAGAACAACCGAUAGCUCUCGGACCUCGACAAUCUCCCAGAUUUGCAGAGGAAAAAACAUACACGUGUAUACUGUGUCAGGAAGAAGAAAAAAUUACGACAGAUGGGCCGACCAUGGUCCUUGCAGCUUUCGUUCAACAAGCAACGGUUCUUUGUAAACACAAAACUAACGAGGGUUUGAUGAACAUGGGUAAACACGAUCCGUUGUACUUGCACACCAAUUUAGGACCUGCACCGCAUACUAGCACUUGUGGUCAUGUUAUGCACAGUGAAUGCUGGAGAAAAUAUUUCGACAUUAUUAUGGUUAGAGAACACAGGAGACCCUAUAGAUUAAGACAUCCAGCAAGUUUCGACGUCGAUAAACAAGAAUUUCUAUGUCCACUAUGUGAAUGUCUCAGCAACACUGUACUACCUGUAAUACCACCAUUAAGCAUUCUUCAAUCGACGCAGCCAAAGAACGACAUUUCAUUUGAUCAAUGGUUCGAUGGUGUCCUGCACGUCUUAAACAACAAAUUAAAAAUUUGUCAUGGAAUUUUCAAAUGCGAUUCAUCGGAAGAGUGCAAGAAUCAGCAUUGCAAUGCGUGUAUUUAUGCUUCUAACGGAACCAACAUUGAAAACCAAGAAAAUGUUGAAUGCGAAGUUAACUGCAUGCUACAACCACAUCAGAUUUUCUAUUCGUUUGAGUUUCCACCGGGUUUCCCGGAAGAUUUUAAGCUUUUAUUUCCUACAGAUUAUCCAAGUUUAGAGGUCAAUCAUAAGGAGAUGAUUCAGGUUUUCGCGCAAGUGGCGUACACUAGGGGUUUGAACGUCAAUCCUCACCCCACUGAUAAGAGAUUGGUACCUUUGUGUUGGAAAUCUCUGGGUUAUACAAUACAUUCGAUAGAAGUUUUACUGAGAGAUUCUCAGAAACCUCUACUGGGUCACUUGUCUAGUAGGCAGAGAGACUGUAUAGAAAGUUUGGUCAGGAUUGUAGGAGCUUUGGGAAGCACUUGGCAACGCAGCGUUUUCAUUAACAGUCACGCUGUUAAUCUAUUAUCAAUUUUGUUGGAACACGGUAACGACGGCCCUUCAAUACUACAGUGGGAUUCUUUAGGAUUUUUAAUUAGUCUUACAUUUUCUUUACCUAGUUUAUCAUGCAAAUAUACACCUACGCCAGCUCCGACUGGUAGCACCUUGGACUGGCACCUUUUAAGAAUAAUCUUCAUUUCUCAUAUUGUUAAAAUAUUGAUUUUAAUAAAAACCAGUGAUCUCAAUACUAGUAUGGAAACUGAUUCCGAUAAGGGCGAUAGCGAACUUUUAGAUAUUUUAGAAUCGAUGGGAAAAGAUACGAAAAAUUUGAACCCUCAUAUCGUAUGGAAACAUGUACAAGAAGCUUGUCUGCCAUUCUUAAGAUGUUGCGUUCUCUUUUAUCACUACUUAACUGAUGUUAAUGCUCCGGCUGUAUUGACCAGUCAAGGGGGGGAUACAUUUAGCAACAUGUGCGCAUAUUUGGAUCUGCCUCAAAACUAUACAGAUAUCUUUAAUUCAAAUAACGUUAAAUUGUUGGUCAACCGUUGGUGUAAACACGAAGAGGUUGCAUCUUACCUAAGCGGCGCUAAUAUUCAAGUUAUUUACGAACCCUUGCCGGUGCCGAAGCUUAUAGAUUUGCCAACUGAUUACAGCGAACUAAUCAAUACCGUUUCGAUGUUUACUUGUCCGAAUAGUGAUGAAGAUUCAAAGAAUCCCUGCAUGUGUUUGGUGUGUGGGGAGAUACUCUGUUCGCAAAGUUAUUGCUGUCAAACUGAGCUGAACAAGAUGCCAGUGGGCGCCUGUAAUUCUCAUGCCAAUAAGUGUGGCGCUGGCAUCGGUAUUUUUUUGAGAGUAAGGGAAUGCGAAAUACUUUAUUUGGCGGCCCCUCACAGAGGCUGCGUCGUUUCGCCUCCUUAUCUGGACGAUUAUGGCGAGACAGAUCAAGGGCUUCGUAGAGGAAACCCUUUGCGCCUCUGUCAAGAACGCUACAAAAAAUUGCAAACCCUUUGGCUUAGUCACAGUAUUCAUGAGGAGAUCGCGAGAUCUAUAGAAACAAGUAAUCACAUUAUAUCUAUUCAAUGGAAUCUUUUGUAAAUGAUUUUAAAAAGAAAAAUUGCGAUUCCUGAAGAAUAAAUAAUUUUAAAAUAAUGGUAAUAGUAUAAAAAAAUAUGUAUUCUAUUUUAUUUUACUUCAAAAUGAUGAAAUACAAUUUGGAAUCUUACAAUGUUGAGUUUUUUGUUUGUAGGUCAUGUAGAUACAUACUUUUUGGCCAAUUUACAAAUACACUACAAUCGAUUGCUCUUUCCCGCUCAGAAAGAAAUAAUUCAUUUGAAAAAUGAGUCAAGAGUACUGUUGUAUUAUAUAUAAUUAUAAUAUUAAAAUGUUUAUAAACACAUUCUAAACUUUUUAUUUUUUUACCUCUAUACAUUUGACAAUCAAACUAAGUAUAGUACGAGAGCCAGCAGUAUAAAAUUUAAGGGGAUAUUAUAGGCUGAAACGAAAAAAGUAAAUUAUUGUGUGACAUGACACAUUUUAAAAUAACACACUUCCAUUUAAACAAUUUUGAGAUGGUUGAAGUGGUAUUUUAUAGUAAAGAAAAUAUCUCUAGCGAAAGAGGAGUAUUUAAAGAAAUAAAUAUCUUUAUUGAAAUAGGUAACCCUAAUGUACAAACAAUUUUUUUUUCAAAUAUUACAAAAAAAACAACAUUUAAAUUCAAAAUAUGAAAAAAAAAAAAAUACUAACAGAAAAAUAAUUUUAAGUCCAAAAUAUGAAAGUUAACAAAGUGCUUUGGAGUUCAUAUAUUAUAAUCGGUUUUGUUGUGAAGAUCAUUUUGAGGUAAGUUAAUUUUAAAUUAAUAAUAAAGGUACCUAUUACUACAGUAGUAUUUUUAGUCGUACUAACACACGUGCUUACUUACAUUACAGGGUCUGCUACUAUAAAUUCAAAUAUCUUGUAAUAAAAAAUCUAUAAAAAUUCAUGUGAAUAGUUUGUUUUUUGAAUUAUUUUAUGUAAAUAUUAAUAUAAACCAUAGCUAUUGUAAAAGCCUUUAAAGGCCAGAUGAAUUUUCACACCUGUGUAUUUCCUUACAAUUACAAAGCAAUACAAUAUACAUAGUAGUUUGUGCAACAAGAGUGGAUAUAAUGGCCAUAUCGCACGAAGACGCCUUUAGGUACUUAGAGCUCGGAACUUGGAGAAACUACGUAACUCUUAACAUCUAGGAGCAACUACGUAACUCGGACUUCUUGUUUCUAGGAGCAACUACGUAACUCGAAACUUCUUGUUUCUUAGAGCUUCU